CGGCGGGCUGCGCAAACGAUGUGCCGAGGAGCCAGGCGGCGGCGGCGCUGAGCCAGGCAGAGCCAUGAGCCACCAGAUCCUGCUACUCCCGGCCAUGCUGACUCUGGGCCUGGCUAUCUCUCAGCACCGGGACCAAUUGCCCUGCAGGACGGUGAACAAGGAGGCCUUGUGCCAGGGCCUUGGCCUCCUUCAGGUCCCCUCUGUGCUCUCACUGGACAUCCGAGCUCUCUCCUUGUCUGGCAACAGGCUGCAGAGUAUUCUGGUCUCCCCCUUGGGCUUCUACACGGCACUUCGUCACCUGGACUUAAGCGUCAACGAGAUCAGCUUCCUCCAGCCAGGAGUCUUCCAGGCCCUGCCGCACCUAGAACACCUCAACCUAGCCCACAACCGGCUCGCCAUGAGCGUGGCACUGAACAGCGGCAGUCUGGGCCGCUUGCCCCUUCUGGCCUCCCUGGACCUCUCCGGGAACAGUCUGUAUGACAGUCUGGUGGAGCGGCUGUUGGGUGAGGCCCCGAGCCUGCGCACUCUCUCCCUGGCAGAGAACAGCCUCACUCGCCUGGCACGCCACACCUUCCGGGGCAUGCCAGCCCUGGAGCAGCUGGACCUCCACAGCAACAUACUGAUGGACAUCGAGGAUGGUGCCUUCAAGGCUGUGCCCCACUUAACCCACCUCAAUCUCUCCAGGAAUUCCCUCACCUGCAUCUCAGACUUCAGCCUCCAACAGCUACAGGUACUUGACCUGAGCUGCAACAGUAUCGAGGCAUUCCAGACGGCCCCAGAACCCCAGGCCCAGUUCCAGCUGGCCUGGCUCGACCUUCGGGAGAACAAGCUGCUCCACUUUCCUGACCUGGCCUCAUUCCCAAGACUUAGCUACCUAAACGUAUCUAACAACCUCAUCCGGCUCCCGGCGGGGUUGCCCCAGGACAGUGAGGACCUCCAUGCACCCUCUGAGGGCUGGUCAGCCUCUCUACUAUCCAACCCCAGCCGGAACACCAGCACCAAACCCCUCUCCCAGCUCCUGAACCUAGAUCUGAGUUACAAUGAGAUCAAUCUGGUUCCUGCCGGUUUUCUUGAACAUCUGAUCUCCCUGCGCUUCCUUAACCUCAGUCGAAACUGCCUGCAAUCCUUUGAGGCCCGGCGUGUGGGCUCCCUGCCCUGCCUGGUGCUUUUGGACUUGAGCCACAAUGUGCUGGAAGCGUUGGAACUGGGCACCAAAGCCCUGGGGUCCCUGAAGACAUUGCUCCUGCAGAACAAUGCCCUGCACGAACUGCCACCCUAUACCUUUGCCAGCCUAGCCAGCCUGCAGAGACUCAACCUAGGGGGAAAUCAGGUCAGUCCCUGUGGGGGCCGAGCAGAACCAGGUCCCCCAGGCUGUGUGGAUUUCUCUGGGAUCCCCACCCUUCGUGUUCUGAACAUGGCAGGGAACUCAAUGGAGGUGCUCAGGGCCAGCAGCUUUUUCCACACCCCACUUACUGAGCUGGACCUCUCUGACAACCCUGGCCUGGAUGUGGCCACUGGAGCCUUGGUAGGCCUAGAGGCAUCCUUGGAGGUACUGGAACUUCAGGGCAAUGGGCUGAACAUCUUGAAGGUGGACCUGCCAUGUUUCCGCCACCUCAAGCUCCUUAACCUUUCCGAGAACCGCCUCAGUCACCUGCCUGCCUGGACACAGGCUGUGUCCCUGGAGGUGCUGGAUCUGCGGAACAACAGCUUCAGCCUCUUGCCAGGCAAUGCCAUGGGUGGCCUGGAGACUAGCCUCCGGCGCCUGUACCUGCAGGGAAAUCCACUCAGCUGCUGUGGCAAUGGCUGGCUGGCAGCUCAGCUACACCAGGGACGGGUAGACGUGGACGCUACUCGGGACCUCACCUGCCGCUUUGACUCCCAGGAGGAGGUGCCCCUGAGCCGUGUGAGUCCCGAGGAUUGUGGGAAGGGUGGGUUCAAGAACAUCAACCUCAUCAUCAUCCUCACCUUCACACUGGUCUCUGCCAUCCUCCUCACCACACUGGCCACCUGCUGCUUCCUCCGCAGGCAGAAGUUCAGUCAACAAUACAAAGCCUGAGGGAUCUUCCUCGGUGUGGUAGCCAGAGGGGCAGAGAAGCUGGGGGUCUGACUCAGGUUACACAGUGACCAGGGGCUCAACAUCCUGAAUCCCACCGCAUAAACAGGUAGUUGCUUCCUAGGCUGUGUAUGUGGUCCAGCUGUGGCAGUUUACAGAACAGAGCGUACCAACAGCUUUCCACUGAGCAUCUGCUUCAGGCCAGACCCUGUCCUCUGGCAAGAGAGACUGUCACAGAACCAGUGACCACGCAAUGUGGCGGGCCUGAGCCCCCAGACCUACAGUCCCCAGCUGGUCAUGGAGAGCCCACCCUGGCUGGCCGUGUUUGGGCAAGAGAGAGCCCAACCUGAGAGAUGGUUUGUCUGAGCCACUUCCACACAGAGCUCUGUCGCGUCUGCCGAUAAUGACUUUCAGUCUCUCUGCAAAUGAAGAACUUGUGACCGGAAGAGAGAGCCAGAACCUCCCACAAAGGUCUUGAAUCUGGACUCCUGCGCCAGAUUCUGAUGUUUCAGCUGAACCAGCGUGGACUUCCAGCCAGACCCAGGUCGGUCUGUGUCCUGCCCUGGACAAGCCCUUCACCCUAGUGUGCUCUCCUGUUACAGACACUGACCCCAAUGCUGCCUGGAUUCCCAGCCCCCUGCUCAGGCCUCCUUCCAUCUGAGCCCCACCCUGGCUUCUGGGCCAAGAGGGAGAGAGAGCCUUGGCUAUCUGGUUCUAUUUUGCACUCAGCUUAGCAGCUGCAGAGGCAAAUCCAAGCCAACUCUUGGAGGUUUCUGUGUUAUCUGCCUUAUACGCAAGAAGAAAACAAGGUUCCUUUAAGAGUCUGUGGCUGAGAGAGAUGCCAAAGCCAAAAAAUCGAAUCAAACCUUCGUCCUCCCGUCUCCAGGACCUAAGCCUUGCCAGUGCAGUGCCUGCAGGCGGUCAAGUGGACCGGACGUGGCCCUACCCUAACCAGGAUCCGAGCAUCCUUGCUGCACACUCCUUCUUCUCAGACAGGCACCCACAGACCUUCUGCUUCUCUGCCUCAGGGCUCCUCAUUUGCACGCCAGUAUGAGUCUCCCUUUCUCAUCUUGCCCCCACAAUCCCACUCUCCCUCCAUCCAGCAUACCUUGGGGUUUGACACUAUCGAGUGUAAUCCCCACCACUAAACAGAAAAGGAAAACAAAGUUUAUGGGCUUGCUCAGGGUCACACAAAUCAGCAGCAGGAACUGUGGGAGGAACAGGAGAAGGCCAGCUGGACUCUUGCUGGUAGUGGUAGAGCAUUGGCUUCGCACGCCCAAGGCCCUGAGCUAGGUGCCCAGCAGGGUCACCUGUGUGGUUCCUGACUCACGGUGCCAGCUGUCAUGCCUAUCCUCACCAGGCAUAGAAAAUAAGAAGCAAGACCCCGUCAGGCUCCCCACUCAUUCUCGUGGGCUGCAGGGAGAAAAGGGAGCCUUGGACCCAAUCCUAGAACCUGCUUCAUCAGUUUCGCUGUGCCUUGACCCACAGUCUGCAAGCAUGCUCGGUAACGUACAGGAAGAUAGAAACACCGUUCUCUCUGCCCCCCUUUACAGAUGAGGAAACUGGGCCCAGAGAGAGUUAAAGGCUCAGAGAAUGGAGGGGCAGUCUAGGGCUUGCAUCCCCACCGGCGCAGCCAGUGAGGUCUAGGUGCUACUGCACACAGCACUCGGCCUGGAGGCCAACGCACGGCCCCGGUGCCUGAGCUCUGAAGACAUUUUAUCAUGCUGCUGUCACCUCCCAGGGCUGGCCGCUGCCAGGCCCUGGGACCUGCUCUUUGUAUAACUCACAUGAAUGUAUUAAAGUAUAA